UUACUAUUUUUUAAUCUUAUUUAUAGGCACAACUAUUUACUCGGGGUUACAUUAAUACCAGUAUCUGUUGUGGGAAUUUUACCCACAUGGAUGUUUCUGCUUGGAUAACAGUGGCUAGGAGCAAUGUGUUAGCGACUGGCUGUGUAGCCAACUGGACACGGCUUCUUUAGCUUUGGAUGUCCUCACCAUACUGGGCUCGAUUUCCUCAGAUAUUUCAUGAAAGAUUUUUAAUGCUGAACCUUCUUCUCCUGCUUGGUGCAUUGCGUUGGAGGCUUUGCCUAACGGCUAGCGACAGAUGUGAAGCUCCUGAGACAAGCAAAAUAUAUUACUCCGCCAUUCAACUUAUGGAAUACAACUAUCACAAUACUCCUCCUUGUAUAUCAGUCAUUAAAGAACUUGGACUCCUACAUCGACCUCAUUUUAUCCAGAGGUUCUCGGCGACGGCUUGUUUACUCCCGAUCUGAAAGUGCCAUUCCCUCUGUUUAGACAGCUGUGCGCACUGUCGCAACUCUUCCACAUCAUCAGAGCACUGACUCUCUGCGGACUAAUAGCACAGCACCUCACGCAGGCCUGGAUAGGAAACACGGGGUGGAUCUUAAUGUACUUCAGCCAGUACAAAAGUUUACUGCCUCAUCCAACAUCAAAAUUGAACUCUUUAAUACACAAUCCCUUACAAACAAAUUUUUAUACAAUGAGUUAUACAAUUUUCUUUUAACUUUUUGUACAACUUCAUCAAAUAUAUAUAUACUUGGAGAUUUUAAUAUAUGUUAUUUAAUAUGUGUAUGAUCUGGUUGUGUCUGACCAUGAGGUCAUUUCUGUAGAGCUGCCAUUUCUGUGUUCCAAAGCGUGUAAUGCGGUUUAGAAACCUAAAAAACAUAAAUACAGAAAACCUGACUUUAAGCCUUCAAAAUCUACAGUUUGCAAAUAUAUCAUCUGUCACUGAAUCUGUGGGAUUGUACAAUGACACUCUGAGCAACAUCUUGGAUCAUUAUGCACCCAUUAACCCCCUGGGGUCCAAAAACGCGGCGUCGCGUUUUGACGUGUUUUCUCCUUAUCAUAGCAGAAUCAACUUAAAAUACUCCAUUAUUAAUAAUCCUACACUUACGUGUUUGACCUCAUUUGAAACUGUGAAGGGUCUUCUUUAAUUUGUGUACAUUCACAAUAACAACAUAUCUUUGUGUUUUUGUCAAAUAAAGAAAAUAAACAGGGUGCGAAUUCAGACAUUUCUGUCUCCCCCAGCUGUCUCUCAAAACACGUUACAAAAAUCAAUUGAAACUCCGCAAAUACUUGUCACACAAACAUGAUACACAUAUCCAAAGAAAGCCUGAAAUGUCUACUUUAAAACAAGCUAAUUAUAAUUGAAAACAAAUAUUGCCUGUUUAUUUCAUCUGCAUUGAAGUAAAGAGAGUACUGUUUUUCCUGGCUGACUUCAUUAAAUUUAAUGCGGUCACGUCCAGAGGCAGUACCCGCUGUUCACAUGGUAAUGAACAGACGAACAGUUCAAACAAUAACAAAUAAAGCGUAGAGUUUUAUCAAAUUUAAAGACUUUACCACAUGUUUGGAUGAUAAACUUUAAACACACACGUGAGGAAGACCUUCAUUUAAGUCUGGACAUUGAGGAAGAGAAGCUUUUAUCUUUAAGGUUAACAGUAGCCCUUUUCACACAGACAUUCCGUAAAAUAAACGGGAAAGGCAUCCUGGAUUUUUCCCGGGAUCCUAAGAUUUUUUGUUCAUUCACACUGCCAUGAUUACCCGGCAUCUGAUGGUCGCGGAAAGACACGUGACCUGUUGAAAGUCCUGCCCUCUCUUCUACGCAGCAUCUGAAGUUUGCAUAUUAUUUAUUAUUUCUGUCUCCAGAAACAACUCGCGUGCAUUUUUGUUUAUGAUAAGACUAUAAAGGAGUGCGUGACGCGCCGUUCUAAUGCUGGUGAAUGAUCUCAGCUUCAGAGUGGAUAUUUGACAAGCUCCCUGAUCUCUGCUUUAAAACAGUUUUCAGACAUUUCUCAUCGUGAUUGUUUAUAUGCAUUUAAAACCCGCAUUUUGAGGAGCUGAACUAUAUAUCUUGUUGGGAUGCCGUGCGGGCAUCUUCGUUUAUUAUAGCUCAAAUGAGCAUGUGACGUGAUAUUCUUUUAUACUGCUGAAUGAUCUCCGUUUCAAAGCAGUAAGUGACGAGCUAACUUACCUGAUAUCUGCUUACCUGAUUUCUCUUCGUGAAUGUUGUAAAUCCCUCAUUUUAAAGAGUUGAACCAACUUCGUGUUGCCAUGACACGCGCGUCCUCACUACGGCACGUGCGUCAUUGUUUAUGCAUCUCAUUUAUCAUUUCCUGAAAACUGCUUUAAUCUAGUUUGCAACAUUUCUCGUGGUGAAUGUUUAUAUGCAUGUUAUCUCUCGUUUUAAGGAGCUGAACCAUAACUUCUACGACACGCCCUCACUACGACACGGCUUCUUGUUCACACAGAGGGUUAUCCGUGUAUCUGACUAGGUCCUCUUUCCGGCAACGAUCCCAGAAGAUUAAUGGGACGAGUUUGUGUUUCACACAGACGCUUGUCUGGCAAUUUUACGGGUAUUUUCUGGGACCAAAGGUCUGUGUGAAUGGGGUUAAUGUUAAACACAGUAAUUCACUUUCGUAUCCUUCAUGGCAACUUUCAGUAAGGCUGCACUGCAGGAUCUUUUAAGUGUGUGGUGUAAUAUGAUUCCAUAUAUUGUUUACAUGCAAGUCCAUAUAUUGCACUUUACAAGUGACACCGUUGUUUACAUGGAGACGCAAGUACUCGCGCACAUGGUUGCCAUAUGCGAUGUGUUUUUAAAGUUCAUACGCGCUUACAGAAACGCGUUUUAAACAGAAGCUAUACGAUUAGUCGAUGGGCAUCUUUUUAUAAAACUAAUCACUGCAGAUGUUUAUCUGAGAUGUUCUGAAUUUAGUUUAUGUACAUGAUAGUUUAUCUGAAUGUAGUGCUAUCAGUGAUAUUUACCCAUCAUUUAUGUAUGUAAGCUUAUGUGGUAUUUCUGUGGACAAUUUAUGCUACCAUAUUCACACUUUUUGGACAUAAAGUUAUAUAGUAACAUGAGCCCCAUGAGCAGCUCUGUUGUGUAUCAGUUUCUUAGUUUAUACAAGUUAAGUUUUUGAAUAGGGUUUGUUUCCAAAUAAACUGAAAAUGUCCUUCUGACCUUCUUUUCUGUUUUGAUUAUAUUGUUAACUUCUUAAUAAACCACAAACAAACAUGUAUACAUUUAUUUUGUCCUCACUUUCUUUACUGUAGUUCCCUCUCACAUUCCUGCCUAAAGGCUCAUUAUGCAGCUUAUUAUGCAAGCCUUUUGUUUCCUUAGCUGUCAAUCAAUUCUUCUCACAUACGGCUUCCCUAAACAAAAAGUGUCUUAACAUUUCUAGGUCAAUAUAUUGAUUUAUGUGAAUGAGUAGGCAGAAUGAUUUUCACAUAAUUUUAAAGAAAAAAGCUGUAGACUACUAGAUUCUGUUUAGAAAAUUCCUGUAAAAACACAUUUAGUUUGGGUUUUGUGGACUUAUAUCAGUGACUUAAAAAUGUUGCUUUUAUAAAAACCACACAUAAACAUUUUACCCUCAAAAAUACAAACAUGUACAUACAUGUAGCUCAUAUAAUAUUGUAGCCCAGUUUGUGCUGAAUGCACAAUGAGACACUUGCCAGUAAUAUGUUUAAAGCAACUGAAAAAAGACCAAAUGUAAGAGCAUGUCAGAACCUCUGACAGUGUCCCAAAAUGGUUGGACCCCAGAGGGUUAAAAUUAGAACAAUUUCAUUCUCACGUUUGGGUCCCUGGUUCACAAGUGACCUGUGGUAAAUGGGGGCGGCUGGACGUGCCAUGGAGUGGCAGUACACACCAUCUGGAUUUAACGUUCACAAACUGGCUUAUCGGGAUCACCAAAAACUUACUCAAAGUGCAUCAAAGCUGCACGGUCUGAACAUUAUUCAUCCAUCAUUUAAAAAUAAUCAUGGAAAUUCCAAACUGUUGUUCUCCACCAUUAAUCAUCUUCUCAAACCACAAACUGCUCCGCUCACAGGAGCAUCAGAAGAAGACUGUAAUGAAUUUAUGGAUUUUUUAGGACAAAAAUAGCCAAAAUUUGUUCAUCUCUUGCUGUGCACUCAUCAUCAUCUGUUCUAACUGCCGAGCCGCAGUCUGGAAUUAUAAGGCAGAGCGGCAGCUUUCCAGAGGUUACACAAUCUGAGAUGGGGGACAUCAUUAGAGGAAUGAGAUCCUCCAGCUGUGCCCUCGAACCCCUCUCUACAGCACCGGUGAAAGCUAACAUUUCUGCACUUAGUCUACUUAUCACCAUGAUUAUAAAGCAAUCCCUCCAGUCUGGUCAUGUCCCCCCCGCUCUUAAAAAAUCUCCUAAAUCUCCUGCUAAUUAUAGGCCCAUAUCCAACCUGCCAUUCCUUUUAAAGGUGCUAGAAAAAGUAGUUGCUAGUUACUUUUAGGACCACCUCAAAUUCAUUAAUAUCUAUGAAAAGUCUCAGUCUGGCUUCCGCUCUGCCCAUAGCACAGAAACAGCCUCAUUGAGAGAGUCACAAAUUAUCUGCUGAUGACAGCUGAUGCUGGUUCACUCCUUGUCCUCCUGGAUCUCUCAGCAGCAUUUGAUACCAUUGAUCAUAACAUCCUUCUUAACCGUCUAUAUCACUCCAUUGUAAUUGAAAAUAAUGGCUCGCGCUGGUUUGAGUCAUACCUCACAGACAGGUCUGAAUUUGUGGCUAUCGGAAAUUCAGGCUGCGUCCGAAACCGCAUACUGUAUAGUAGGUACUGAAUUAGAUGAAGUACCUACUUACUUGGCGUUAAAACAGUAGGUACUGUAUAGUAUGAAUCCGGGUAGUAUGAAUGAGAUUCGGACGUACUACAUCCGCCAUGUUGCUACAUCACGUGACAUAUGUCGUCAUCACGUCAUGUCAUUUCAGCGCGAAAACAGCCACGUGCCUCUUCUUCUUCGUUGGAAAACUCCUCGUCCGGGGCAUCAUGGGAUAGUGAAGCGUCCAUCGUAUGCACACUGCAAAAUCUAACCGGAAGUAGUAGGUCAUCCGGGUACUUUUCGCAUACUGUUUUUCGAAUACUAUGUAUUCGGACAUACUACUCGCCUCGCCUACUGCUUUUCGCGUACUAUAUAGUAUGUAGUAGGCGGUUUCGGAUGCAGCAUCAGUCUCUUCUAUGCAUGUUGUUAAAUACGGGCUUCCACAGGGUUCAGUUCUUGGACCCAUUUUAUUUACUCUCUACAUGCUUCCUAUUGGAAAAGUCAUCCAUUGUCUAGGAAUUUCAUUUCAUUGUUAUGCUGAUGAUACACAACUGUACAUAAAAAUGGAUAAUCACUCAUCACCAUCACCUUUAUCCAAAAUCACUGCCUGUUUAGAGGAAGUAAGCACAUGGAUGAAUCAUAAUUUUCUCCAGCUAAACAGUUCAAAAACAGAAGCAAUCUUAAUUGGCUUGCCACAUCAGAUCAGAAAAUCUGCAUUACUGUUUCUGGCCAGGUCAUUCCACUAUCAUCAUCAGUUACAAAUCUUGGUGUCAGGCUGGAUCCUGAUUUAACCUUUGAGUCUCACAUUAAGCAACUUUGCAAGACAUCAUUUCAUCACCUCAGAAACAUUGCCAGACUCCGUCCCACAUUAACUUUAAGUGAUGCUGAAAAACUUGUCCAUGCUUUCGUCUCCUUAAGAUUGGACUAUUGUAAUGCUCUUCUCAUUGGGAUCCCUGCAAAGAGUAUUCAGAGACUUCAGAACAUUCAGAACACUUCAGCUCGGAUCCUGAUGAGAGUUUGCAAAUAUGAACACAUCACACCAGUCCUUCAAUCCCUUCAUUGGCUUCCUAUUCCAGCCCGGAUUGAGUACAAAGUUUCACUCUUCAUGUCACGCCCAGGGGCUGGCUGCUAAUGGUUAAAACCACGCCCCUUCUCAAACUCCACCUCGAGGAGGUCCCCAAAACCAGCCCAAUGACCAGACAACAACGAGGACAGGUAAGUAUAAAAUAAUUCUUUAUUUAUUAAAUAUUUAAAAUGUACUGGGGAUUGGGGAAAGGGGAAUUAAAACUAAAGUCUAGCUCCGCCCUCCAGGGGGGGACGUCGAAGAACAGGCUCCUGCCUGGUUCCUUCUACCCGUGGCGCCCUCCUCUUCACUCCUGGAGGCAGAAUAAAAUACAAUGAGUGCUGGUAUGGAUUUUCUCCUGUCUGCGUACCUGUAUGGCGCUUCGCGGCACUUCACCGCUUGGACUCGCACAACUCUUUGUCGUUGGCUCACUCUCCUUUCCUCUCUCUCCUUUCCUCUCUCUCCACAGGCAGUGACUGGGACACAAAGGACACGAUUAAUCUGACUGGAUGGCCCUCGCCUCUUCGCUGGCCACAGCUCUGGGUAAGUUCAGUUUCUCUCACAGCUCGUGCUCCUAAUGCUCCUCUUGUUCUCUCUCUCCACAGGCGGCGACUGGGACUCAAGAACAGAAUUAAUCUGACUUGGAUGACUCUCACCUCUUCGCUGGCUACAGCUCUUGGUACGUACAGGUUCUCUCACAGCUCGUGCUCUUAAUGCUCCUCUUGUUCUCUCUCUCCACAGGCGGCGACUGGGACACAAGGACACAAUUAAUCUGACUUGGAUAACUCUCACCUCUUCGCUGGCUACAGCUCUUGGUAAGUACAGGUUCUCUCACGGCUCGUGCUCUUAAUGCUCCUCUUGUUCUCUCUCUCCACAGGCAGCGGCUGGGACACAAGGACACAAUUACUCUGGCUUGGAUAACUCUCACCUCUUCGCUGGCUACAGCUCUUGGUAAGUGCAGGUUCUCUCACGGCUCGUGCUCUUAAUGCUCCUCUUAUUCUCUCUCUCCACAGGCAGCGGCUGGGACACAAGGACACAAUUACUCUGGCUUGGAUAACUCUCACCUCUUCGCUGGCUACAGCUCUUGGUAAGUGCAGGUUCUCUCACGGCUCGUGCUCUUAAUGCUCCUCUUAUUCUCUCUCUCCACAGGCAGCGGCUGGGACACAAGGACACAAUUAAUCUGACUUGGAUAGCUCUCACCUCUUCGCUGGCUACAGCUCUUGGUAAGUGCAGGUUCUCUCACGGCUCGUGCUCUUAAUGCUCCUCUUAUUCUCUCUCUCCACAGGCAGCGGCUGGGACACAAGGACACAAUUACUCUGGCUUGGAUAACUCUCACCUCUUCGCUGGCUACAGCUCUUGGUAAGUGCAGGUUCUCUCACGGCUCGUGCUCUUAAUGCUCCUCUUAUUCUCUCUCUCCACAGGCAGCGGCUGGGACACAAGGACACAAUUAAUCUGACUUGGAUAGCUCUCACCUCUUUCCAGGCGUGACGUACUGUAAGUACGUGGUUUCAACAGUGGCUCCUCUCAGGUCAAUGUACACAGCACACUCUUCGUCUCUGUUGACCAAACAGGCUUAACAGGUUAGUAUGCUUUUACAGGGUGGCGGACUUACGACAGCUGGUUUCCACAGUGUGUCAAAUAAGCAAUAGCUUCCGUUGGGCGCCGGGGACAGACCCGGUCGGCGAGCUCGUUGGUCUGCAGAGGGGUGAGAACGUCACACCGUCUACCGGGUCGAGCGCUGCCCUUUCCUCGCUACCCGUCGGGCGAUCGAACACUGGACAGGGGCGCCCCUUUGUAGAGACCUCGGGGCGGUGGACCUCUUUCGCCUCUAGCUCUGCGAAAAUGGAAAUCACACAGGUAAGGUGCAAUGCUAUCGGCCCGAAGUCAUACUCACACACUACUAACUCUGCAGUUCUUCACCACCACUCUAUAAGGUCCGCCAAAUGUUCAGAAGGAAAGUCACUCCAGGAUACCACACCGUUGGUUGAAACUGAAACACACUCACAGCAUAAAUAUCUACAGGUUUCUCUAGGGCCGCUUGCCUCUUCGUCUUUCCUCGACGAAGUGAGAGAAGGCGGGGGUACGUCUGACAAGACACACAGCAAUUUCACUGCAGUACACGGCAAUACACAGCACCACAUCAACGUGCAAGUUUCUACAUCUUCACACACCACUGUAUCCAUGGAAAUGCCCCCAGUUACCUUCAAGAAUUACUUAUGGCGCUUUUCUAUUGCAUAGUACCCCACGGUUUAGUUUAGUUUGGGUCGGGUCAGCUUACUUUUGGGAGCUUUUCCAUUGGGUGCAGUACGUAGUACCCAAUACUUUUUUCGUACCGCCUCGGUUGGGGUUCCAAGCGACCCGAGCUGAUACCAAACGUGACGCGAAAACACUGUAGAUCACUGAUUGGUCUGAGAGAAUCGUCACGUCAUCGUUAUAAUGUAAAUAUUAGCUUUAGCUUACUGCUAGCUUGCGUUGUCUCAAGCAAACAUGUUGUUAUCUGUGUUCUGCUAUAAGUUUCCAAACACCCUUUUAGCGAUGAAAAACAUCCGCAGGUUGAGAAUCCGGGACACCAUAACAGUUUUUUCCAGACUUGCAGUUUGUGGCGGCACAUUCGCGACGUGCACGUCCGCAUAUGCUUAAAUGCAACUUGAAUGAGGAGCGCCGUCGACUGACGCCACGGGUCGGGUGUUUGAACAGAAACUGUCAUGUGAGACAGAGGUAGUUAUAAACGCGAUGUGCAAACAUCUAUUUGUGGUGGCCAAAUUUUAUUUUGUGGCAGACUGAGAAAUAAAUGAAUGUAUGGGAAUAUACAACAACGCUCUCAUGUGUAUGAUGUCACAGCAGUAGGCAGCAUAAAUAUAACGACACGCCUAUAAUCCCUCCCACUCCGAAGUGAUACUAAACUCGAUGGAAAAGCUAACCACGCCAAAGUGAGGUGAGCUGACACGACCCAAACUAAACUAAACCGUGGGGUACUAUGCAAUGAUCCAAGCACAUUCCCUUCGUUCCACACUUACCGGCUCCUUCCCACAAGGACUAGGACUCGCAACAUUGGUGACAGAGCUUUCUGUACCACUGCUCCUAAACUGUGGAAUGCCCUCCCUGAACAUCUGAGGGCCCCACAAAGAACUGAUAUUUUUAAAAGGGUAUUAAAAAUACAUUUUUAAAAAGUAUUUUAAUGUUUACAUUUCUUUUAACCUCAUAGUCAGGUCCAGCUAUGAGGGGAAAGGUGAGGUGAAAAAUUCUUCUUACAAUUUUUAUCAUGCCACCUGUAAUAGAUUCUCUUCUGAUCCAUAGCCUGGUGUAUCUUGCCAUCUACCAUGAUGAAUCGUUGUGGGUAGUAAGAUCUGCUUACUGGAGUCUCACCACUUGGCUCUUUCCAUACAUUUUCCUGUAACAGAGUAUCUUAUUUUUGUAUCCAGCACUACUUUAACCUCAUUCACAUUUAUUAAUCACAAGUAUCAGAAGCAAGGAUGUGACAGCCUGGGGUUGUGCUAUGGAAAGACCAGCAAGGUUUUUGGCAUUACCCCUUUCUGUUUUUCUGUGACCUCUUUCUUUCUUCUGUCCUCCAACGUUCUGCCAGCAUUCUCUUGUUCCUAGCCAGUCCUUCUCCACCAUGGAUCCAACCUUCACCAGCUGUUCCACUGUGUACACUAUCCCUCUCAGGCAGCUGGUUACCUUGUGGUUGACGUUGUUGAGGAUGCUGCACCAAACUUAGGGUGCCUAUGAUCUAUACUCCGGUGAGGGGCCUGAUCUCCAAGAAGUUCUCACACCGUUCUGUGAAAUUGAGCAUAUCUGCUUUGUCACCAGAGUCAUCAAAGGACAUUGAGCAGAAUGAUGAUGCACCUGUUGCCGCUAAAGGAAAGAACACGCAGGGUUAAAGGGUGAUUUAUAGUCGUGCGUAGGUCCUACGGCGUAGCAUCGACGCCGUAGCAUCGACGCCGUAGCCUACGCGUCGGUUUUCAUUUAUACUUCUGCGUCGGUGUCCGCGUCGACGUGUAUUUACACAUGCAGACCGCUAGUUGGCAGUAUCCACGAAAAUCUAACCAACAGUAGCAGCAGUGCAACAGCCGAAGGAGCAGCAUUGUGUAUGUUUGAAAGAAACAGGCAGUAAUGGCGGCACGUCGACAGCGACUAUUGUUGGAGCUUGAAAUGUUAAACAUUGAAGAACAGAUUAUUUUUCUUAAACUACUAAAAAGGAGACGACGACGACGAAUUGACAGAAGAUGGGGUGUUCGACCAUUGCAUCAAACGAGAGAACAUGAAGGAGAGUUUGUCACGCUUGUCGAACAGAUGCGGGACAUGGAUGAGGAGAUGCAUUUCCGAUAUUUUCGUAUGUCGGCAAGUCGAUUUGACGAUUUGGUUCGUCGUUUACAACCCUUUAUAAGUCAUCAGUCGACCCAUGGUAUGCCAAUAGAUCUUCGGCAAAGACUGGCGGUGACCCUCGUUUGUUAGCUUCAGGUGCUAACCAACAAACAGUAGCUGCUAGCUACAAAAUAGCGGCAUGCACAAUGUCUUCUAUAGUGUCCGAGGUCUGUAAAGCACUUUAGAAAGCAUUGCAGCCAGAAUUUCUACCAUGCUGCAAUGCAGCGCAGUGGGAAGCUAUCGCAGCUGAUUUUUGGCGGUUGUGGAACUUUCCGAACUGUGUUGGAAGCAUCGAUGGAAAGCAUGUAAACAUCAAGGCCCCGCCGUCAUCUCGUAGUGACUAUUUUAACUACAAGGGUGUACACUCCAUUGUCCUUUUGGCUACAUGCGACGCCAGGUAUAGAUUUACCAUGGUUGAUGUGGGAGGAUACGGGCGAGAAAGUGAUGGAGGAAUCUUUAAGGAGAGCAAAUUUGGUUCCAUGUUGCUCGAGCAGAAACUGAAUCUGCCCCCGCCAGCCAAUCUCCCAGGGACCAGGGUCACACUGCCACAUGUGAUAGUUGGAGAUGCUGCUUUUCCACUUCUGAAUAAUCUCAUGCGUCCCUUUCAAGGAGGCGCAAACAUGACAAUGGAAAAGCAGAUUUACAACUACAGACAUUCCAGAGCCAGACGUGUUAUCGAGAACAGCUUUGGAAUUUUGGUGGCAAGAUGGAGAAUUAUGGGACAAGCCCUGGAAUUCCAUCUGGACAAAGCAGUCGAUGUUGUUAAGGCAUGUGUCAUGCUUCACAACUUUCUCACAUACACGGAUGAAGUGAACACGCCUGCAAACCGAUACAUCCCUGCUAAUUUUGUGGACACAGAUGCUUCUGGUGUCCCUCAACCUGGGGAAUGGCGAGCGGUUGUUGCAGACAAUGGUACUUUACAAGCACUGGAUCCACGCUACCUGUCAAGGUGCUGUACCAGCAGAGCUUCUAUGGGUGUUCGUAAUGACCUAAUGUCAUUCUUUCAGUCACAACAAGGACUUGUACCAUGGCAGAACCACAUUGUUUGUCGUGGACUAUUAAAUAAUGUUCCCUGAACAAUCUGAUUGUUAAUAUGUGAGAUGCAAGUGUAAUGCCAAAGUAUCACAUUUUGCUAAUAUUGAUGCUUCUGUGAGACGAUGAAGCCUUGGAAAAAAGGCAUAUCAAAUAAAUGUGAUUUGACUGAAAA